GAGAAAGCCCCUCCUUCCCCUUCCCACCGUUCGCCUAUCGCCCUCGCUCUUUGCUGGUCGCAUGCGCGCUGGGCUCCUGUGACGUAGUUUUCGCGCGUCCGCGUCGUUUGGAACCGCGACGCUAAACAUGGCGUGUUCCUAGAAGCCGCUUUCGGCAUCAGUAGGCGGCGGCGUGGGGACUGGCAGCGUGGGCGCGGGACCAACCGACGCCACUUCGUGUUGGGAAGUGGGAGCGGGAGGGCCGGGCAAUUCCCGACCGAACCAAACGCUAAGGAGACGUCAGAGGGUGAUGGUGGCAGUAGUUGGUACCUCACAGCUGGGCACUGAUCAGGUUUCCAUGGAUCUCAAUAGUGCCAGCACUGUUGUUCUUCAGGUCUUAACACAGGCCACCAGUCAGGAUACUGCUGUGUUAAAACCAGCCGAGGAGCAGCUGAAGCAGUGGGAGACACAGCCAGGUUUCUAUUCAGUGUUGCUGAAUAUUUUCACAAACCACACUUUGGAUAUAAAUGUAAGGUGGCUUGCUGUACUGUAUUUUAAACAUGGAAUUGAUCGCUACUGGAGACGUGUAGCACCUCAUGCUCUGUCAGAGGAGGAGAAAACGACUCUACGUGCAGGGCUCAUCACCAACUUCAAUGAACCAAUAAACCAGAUUGCAACUCAGAUUGCAGUGCUGAUUGCAAAGGUUGCUAGAUUGGAUUGUCCCAGACAGUGGCCUGAACUAAUUCCCACUCUUAUAGAGUCUGUUAAAGUCCAGGAUGAUCUUCGACAGCACAGAGCAUUACUUACCUUCUAUCAUGUUACCAAGACACUGGCAUCUAAACGACUUGCUGCUGAUAGAAAACUAUUUUAUGAUUUAGCUUCUGGAAUUUAUAAUUUUGCCUGCUCUCUGUGGAAUCACCACACAGACACAUUCCUGCAACAAGUUUCUUCUGGCAAUGAAGCUGUAAUUCUGAGUUCACUAGAACGAACUCUGCUAUCAUUGAAAGUGCUGCGUAAGUUAACUGUUAAUGGAUUUGUGGAACCUCAUAAGAAUAUGGAGGUGAUGGGUUUUUUACAUGGAAUAUUUGAACGUCUAAAACAGUUUCUGGAAUGCAGUAGAAGUAUAGGUACAGAUAAUGUGUGUAGAGAUAGACUGGAAAAGACCAUCAUUCUUUUUACUAAAGUGCUGUUAGACUUCUUGGAUCAGCAUCCCUUUUCAUUUACUCCUCUAAUUCAGAGAUCACUGGAAUUUUCUGUAAGCUAUGUUUUUACAGAAGUUGGUGAAGGCGUUACAUUUGAACGAUUCAUUGUCCAAUGUAUGAAUCUUAUUAAGAUGAUUGUCAAAAAUUAUGCUUAUAAGCCAUCCAAAAAUUUUGAAGAUAGCAGCCCUGAAACUCUUGAAGCCCAUAAGAUUAAGAUGGCAUUCUUCACAUAUCCUACUUUGACAGAGAUAUGUAGAAGAUUAGUCUCUCAUUAUUUUCUGUUAACUGAAGAAGAACUGACAAUGUGGGAAGAAGACCCAGAAGGCUUUACAGUGGAAGAAACAGGAGGAGAUUCUUGGAAAUAUAGUUUGAGGCCAUGCACUGAAGUAUUAUUUAUAGAUAUAUUCCAUGAAUAUAAUCAGACUCUUACUCCUGUACUUCUAGAAAUGAUGCAAACACUUCAAGGACCCACAAAUGUGGAAGAUAUGAAUGCAUUGUUAAUCAAAGAUGCUGUGUAUAAUGCUGUUGGAUUAGCUGCUUAUGAGCUCUUUGACAGUGUUGAUUUUGAUCAGUGGUUUAAAAACCAACUUCUUCCAGAAUUACAAGUCAUUCACAAUAGGUAUAAGCCAUUGCGGCGCAGGGUGAUUUGGCUCAUCGGUCAGUGGAUUUCUGUGAAAUUCAAGUCUGACUUAAGACCCAUGCUUUAUGAAGCAAUCUGUAACUUGCUUCAAGAUCAAGAUUUAGUGGUCCGUAUUGAAACAGCUACAACUUUGAAGUUAACUGUUGAUGAUUUUGAAUUUAGAACAGAUCAGUUUCUACCGUAUUUGGAAACCAUGUUCACACUACUUUUUCAGUUACUGCAACAAGUUACAGAAUGUGACACAAAGAUGCACGUUUUGCAUGUCCUUUCUUGUGUGAUCGAAAGAGUCAACAUGCAGAUACGACCAUAUGUGGGAUGUUUGGUACAAUAUUUGCCCCUCCUUUGGAAGCAGAGUGAAGAACACAAUAUGUUGAGAUGUGCUAUUUUGACAACACUUAUUCAUCUUGUUCAGGGAUUAGGAGCAGACAGCAAGAACCUGUACCCUUUCCUGCUCCCAGUUAUUCAACUGAGUACAGAUGUUUCCCAGCCUCCACAUGUUUAUCUUCUGGAAGAUGGUUUAGAAUUAUGGUUAGUAACUUUGGAAAACAGCCCAUGUAUCACACCAGAGUUGCUGCGUGUAUUUCAGAAUAUGUCACCACUUCUUGAACUAAGUUCAGAAAAUCUUAGAACUUGCUUUAAGAUCAUCAAUGGUUAUAUCUUUUUAUCAUCAACGGAAUUUUUACAGACAUAUGCAGUAGGUCUAUGCCAGUCGUUUUGUGAACUUUUAAAGGAAAUUACUACAGAAGGUCAAGUUCAGGUGCUCAAGGUUGUAGAAAAUGCCCUUAAAGUGAACCCAAUAUUAGGUCCGCAAAUGUUUCAACCGAUUUUACCCUAUGUUUUCAAGGGUAUUAUAGAAGGGGAGAGGUAUCCUGUAGUGAUGUCCACGUAUCUUGGAGUUAUGGGUCGAGUUCUACUACAAAACACUAGUUUUUUUUCUUCACUACUUAAUGAGAUGGCCCAUAAAUUUAAUCAGGAGAUGGACCAGCUUUUGGGAAAUAUGAUUGAAAUGUGGGUCGAUCGAAUGGACAACAUUACCCAGCCUGAAAGAAGGAAACUUUCAGCUUUGGCUUUGCUCUCUCUUCUGCCAUCUGAUAAUAGUGUUAUCCAAGAUAAAUUCUGUGGGAUUAUAAACAUUUCAGUGGAAGGCCUGCAUGAUGUCAUGACAGAAGAUCCUGAAACAGGAACUUAUAAAGACUGUAUGUUGAUGUCUCAUCUUGAGGAACCAAAAGUAACAGAAGAUGAAGAACCACCCACAGAACAAGAUAAGAGGAAAAAGAUGCUGGCCCUGAAGGACCCUGUUCAUAUGGUGUCACUGCAGCAGUUCAUCUACGAGAAGCUCAAGGCACAGCAGGAGAUGCUAGGAGAACAAGGUUUCCAGUCCCUCAUGGAAACAGUGGACACGGAGAUCGUCACCCAGCUACAGGAAUUUUUGCAAGGAUUCUAAGAGCACAUGACAUGUGGCUGCCUCGCCUUUCAGAAACAAGCUGAGUAACCUAGCCUGCCGUUUGUAUGUGAGAGCCUGCUGAGAUGAAGAAAUCACUUCAUGAAAAUAAGCAAAGACCACACAUUUUUUUUUACUACAAAAUGUAAAGGAUAAAUGUAAAUCCUGCAUAACUAAAAUCACAAACCUAUUCCUCAAAAGAAUUUAAUUUUAUAUUUAUGAGGGGGCCCUUUACUAAAAAGUACAUGUAAAAGUACAUUUGAUGACAAUAGCUGCUUAGUUUCCUGUUAAGAGAAGAAACUUUAUCUUUUAAUUAUGUGCUCUUAACAUUUGAAGAUAAGAGUUAAUGCCGGAGAUGUUUUUCUGCAACCAAAAUUCAUUAAAUUUGGCUGCCUUAUCCUUUUUUUAAGCUAAUGAAACUACAGGUUUGAAAACUGACAAAGCUGUUCAGAUGAUGCUAUUAAAGAAAUGUGUGUACUAAGCAAAAAUGUAUAAUAGUGACAAAUACACAUUACCAAGCUUAUCUUGCAAGGGAGUUAUUUUCAUCUAACAUAGAAAGUGUGUUUCAUCAGACAAAUGCUUUUAUUUUCAUUCUAAUAAUUUGAUACAGAAAUUAGUAAAGGCAUUUUUUUCUUUUUUCUUUUUUUUUUCCCAGUAAAUACGUUGAGUCUACAAAUGUACAUUUGUAAGGCCUGUAAAAGUGAACGUGUGAGACUGCAGUACCACAUGGGAGACCUCUAGUUAUGGUUUGGUCCUAGUUCCUUUGUUACUCCUGUGAGCACCAAGAAGAACUGGGCGACUCCCAGUCCCACCUGUGCUGUGACAGUCCCACGUGGCUAUGACAGACUGUUCAGUACUUACCCUUCUCAGGUUCCUCAGUGCAGGGGUGCAUCAGAGCCUCAAUAAUAGGGGUAUACCUGGGAGGAUCCAGCAGUAAUCCCCAGGGUACUAGGAUUAUAGUAUUCUGAUGGAACUAGUCUUCCUUCCUUAUUCCUCCAACAUGCAGUACAUAAAAAGGGGAAAAGGAGAAAAAAAAAAAAGCCUUACUUUGUUUUACUUGCCAUUGAUUGUAAGGAAACUUUAAAGCAUUUUUUAGGAAAUACUCAAAAGCAAGGUUGGAAAAUGUUUUAUCUUUCUAUAGAAAGUUGGGUACAGUAUGUAACUGCGGGAAACCCACUGCCCCUUUGUAAGCUGUGGAACCCAAAAUGUAUGGGGAUAUUUGAUGUUUUCAGAAAGAGGAGGAAAAUAUGGUCCAAAUUAAAUUUUCCAAAGAUACCUCACCUUGGA